AUAGGCGGCCGCCGUCCCGCAGGUACAAGAUUCAAACUGUGCCCGUCUCCUGGAGACGACAGCAACACCGGGGAGAGGCGAGCACCGGGCCGCACCGGGGACAUGGAGCACCGCAUCAUAGGCCCGGGCCCCUACAGAGCCACCAAGCUGUGGAAUGAAACUAUAGAGCUUUUCCGCUCUGGGAUGACCCAGAAGAAGCACCGCGUGCACUUUAAGACCUACGAUCGCUGUUUUACAGCCUCCGAAGCUGUAGACUGGUUACAUGAACUGCUCCAGUGCAAUCAAAACUUUGGGCCAGAAGUAACUCGCAGUCAAACAAUCCAACUCUUAAAGAAGUUCCUGAAGAACCACGUCAUUGAGGAUGUGAAAGGAAGAUGGGGUAAAGAAGACUUUGAGGAUAAUAGCAGCUUGUACAGGUUUCCACCAACGUCACCACUUAAACCAUAUCCAAAAAGACCUCCUCAUAAAGUGGACCCUCUCCCAUUCCCCCGCUGGACUGAUGAAGUCUCUUUGACUUCACGCACUGAUGUUCCUGUGAAACCUGUUGUCAUGAAUUCUGAGAUGUGGUAUAAACGUCACAGCAUUGCCAUCGGGGAAGUGCCUGCCUGCCGGCUUGUGUAUCGCAGAGAGUUAACGGCAGCAAACAUUGAGGAUAUCUGGAAGUCUAGGACGCUACUACGUUUACAGAAGAUCUUCGGGCUUGAUUCUCUGGAUGACGUGAUGGACGCUAAGCAGACAAAUGGGAAGCACAUAAUGCACAAUGUGUACAAUGUCAACAAACAGGGGAUUGUGGUGAUGGAUGACAGAUCAAAGGAGCUUCCCCAUUGGCUGCUGUCAGCAAUGAAAUGUCUAGCAAAUUGGCCAAAUUGCUCUGAAGUGAAGCAGUCAAUGUACUUGGGCUUUGAAAGAGAUGUCUUUAAGACCAUCUCCGAUUAUUUCAGUUCUCUCCAGGAUCCUCUUCUGACAUUUCCGCUGUUUGAUGUUUUUGUGAAUAUACUUGGUCUUCUGCAAAAGAGACUUGUAGCCAUUGAAGCUCUUCAAGUUUGCUGUCUGCUUCUGCCACCGGAAAAUCGCAGGAAACUGCAGCUGCUAAUGAGGAUGAUGGCGAGGAUAAGCCUGAACAGAGAGAUGCCACCGCUUUGUGAUGCUACAGGGAACCGAGCGCUGAUGGUGCAGACCUUUUCUCGUUGCGUCCUUCGUUCUAAAGAGGAGGUGGACCUGGGUGAACUUUUAUCCACUAAUCUUGUAACCUUCAUGAUGGAUAAUUGCCAGGAUAUUUUAACUGUUCCAACAUCGUAUAAAAACUCUGUAGAAGAUUAUGUGGCACACCAAAGAAGAGUCCAGAUAAAGUACCCAGGAGCUAACAUUGACAGUACACUUCACCCAGCCUUCAUCCAGCCACAGGGGACAACACAGGGGUAUGAAUAUCAGAAGCUGAGCAAACCCCAAGAUCCGGUGAAGGUGGUACUAGAAGAAAUUAUAAAUAACAAGACAUUGUCCUCCAAGGAAAAGAAAAAGAAGCUGAAACAGUUCCAGAGAGCCCACCCUCAAGUCUACAAGGAACGUCUUCCCACGCCUGAGAGCGAAGCCGCAGUAUUUCCAGAGAAGACAAGCCUAAAGUCUCAGCUGUCAUUUUUUACAUUAAAACGACCUUUCCAGUCAUUUCAGAGGACACGGAGCUUUCGCAUGAUAGGACAUAAGUAUCUGAUCACGGAAGAUCCCAGCAGUCAAAUUCCCGGCAAUCUCCAGAACAAGGCACCAGCUCCAUGAAGACACAGACGGGAC